AUGGGUGACGACGAGCAGGCCAAUGCCAACGCGAACCCAACCGUCGACGCGGUGUCGAACGUGCGGCUUCAGGCGUUCUGGAAGCAGUCGCCGGCGCUCUGGUUCAGCUACGCAGAAUCCAUACUCGCGACUCAGCGCAUUACCUCCAACGCGAGUAAAACCAACUUUGUCGUCGCAGCCCUUGACGAAGAGGCAGUGCGAAACAUCGGCGACCUCCUGCUUACGGCCGCUUCGUACACCGACGUGCGCUCUCGCCUCAUCGACGUCUACGGUGUGUCGCAGGCGGCACGUUUCCGCGAAAUCGUCAAACCCGGGGGCUUGGGCGACCGGCGACCGCGCGUCGCAACUUCUUCGUGA